AGGACAAGCGGAUCAGUACUGUCUAGUAGAUUUUUAGUGAAGGAGAUAAAGUUCUGUAUUUCUAAACCUUUGCAGUUUUACUUGGAGAGCAAAAGUCUUAGUUUGCCGCUCAGCUGAACGACAACGCUAACACCUGUCCCUGGCCGGGGUGCAAGCCUAGCCGGAGGCGGAGAGUCUGAGGACGUCUCCCUCUAUCCCUCCCCCAAAAGAAAAGGGCAACUUGCCCUUACUUAAAAUGGCGACCGGUACUCCGGGGGACAGCGCCUGCGCAGGGGUAGCAUUCUGUGACACGAAUUCCCCUGAAGUGUCCUCCCCCCAGCCUCCAGCACCCACCAGCGCCCGGCCCCGACCUAGCCACCUGCGCCCGGAAGUGACGUUCAGCGGCAGCGGUUCUCCCGCUGCAUGAUGGGAGAGUGUGUGGAGUGGGCGGGGGGUCUCCGCGGAGGAGGAGGUGGAGGCGGCGGCGACGGAAGAGGGCGGAGGGUAGUGGCAUGGGGGUCCCGCGGCAGUGCUGAAACUCCGGGUGGGCGUCCAUGGCGCUGUUUCGCUGACAGGGCUGUGACCAGCCUGCUUUCCCCUCUGACCAGCUCCGCGUCGAAAUAACCGGUCCUUCCCCGGGGAGCCAGUUCCUCCCCGGGCCCCUGAGCCAUGCCCAUCGCGGCCGCCCCGGACGAGCCAGGUAUAAAUUAAUUAUCUGAAAGCAACUAAAAAUGGAGCCAGACAUCAUUCGAAUGUACUCUUCAUCCCCACCACCUCUAGACAAUGGAGCAGAGGAUGAUGAUGAGGAUGAAUUUGGAGAAUUUGGUGGAUUUUCAGAAGUUAGCCCUUCUGUAGGUUUUGUUGAUUUUGACACACCAGGUUAUACUCGUCCCAAGGAAGAGUUUGUACCUUCAAACCAUUUUAUGCCAAUUCAUGAUUUCUCAGAAAAUGUAGAUAGUCUUACAAGUUUUAAGUCCAUUAAAAAUGGUAAUGAUAAGGACAUCACUGCUGAACUUUCUUCUGUGAAAGAACAGUCUGAUGUUUUACUUCCUGCCACCAGCAAAGAAAUAAUUUCAUCUAACACUUUAGAUGCUUCCACUGCUGACAUGCGAAGUUCAGGAGAGCAGAGACAGAAUAUUGGAACACCUGAAAGUUUCUCUCCAGGAGAUUUUAGAACUGAUAUUAAUGUUCAUCAAAACAAGCUAUUAGAAAGCUGCAAUGGUGAAAAGCCUCCUUGUCCAGAGAUUCUGACAAAUGGAUUUGCAGCGCUGGAAACUGUAAAUCCUCAGGGAAUAGAUGAUUUGGACACUAAAGCAGAUUCAAAGGAACCAAGACCUGCUAGCACUCUUAGUACGGAAUAUAACUUAGACUGCGCACCUGUUGAGGGAUUUGCAGAUUUUACCACAUUUUCCAAAAAGGAGAGGAUACAACUAGAAGAAAUAGGCUGUGAAGUUUUAAAUGAUAGAGAUGCACUAACCAUUGAAGAAAACAAUGAAAUUAACAGAGUCAGUGAACUAAAUUCUGUAAAAGAAGUGUCUUUGGGUAGAAACUUUGACAACAGAGGAGAUUCUGAUGGAGAGGAGCAGGUUUCUGUUUCAGAAAAAAGCAUAAUGAGUGAAAGAGGUUUCAGUACUGAAAAACAAGAUCUUCCCAUGUUACAACAGGGUAAAUUUUUAAAUUCAAGUUUAGUAGAGUCAGAUGAUAAUUUAGAAGCCACUAGGAGAGAACAAUGUAAAACUGAGGAAAAACCUGAUUUAUUUACUUCUAAAUGUCCUGAUCUGUGCAUGGAUUCUGCUAAAAUUUCUGACGCUGCUGAUAAAGUUGAUUCUCCCAAAGAAGAAAGUAGAAAGUUUACUAAUUCCCCAUAUCCCAGCAUUGAUUCCACAGGAGAAAAUAUUUUGGAUGGUUCUUUAAGUAUAAAAAAUGGAAAUAGUAGUAAUGACUUUGUAACUUGCAACAACACCAUAGAGGAUGAUUUUGGUGACUUUGGCACAGUCAGUGGCACAGCACCACCUUUUGGUAUUCAAGAAUCAACGGGUGAUGUCACUUUUGAAGAGUCUUCAGAGCACUUUCCACAUUAUAGUGAACCAUGUGAUGACUUUGGAGAAUUUGGGGAUACAACUGCUGUUUCUUGUCAAGAAGAAAUUGUAUAUACUAAGUCAGACCUAAAACAGACUUCUGAUAAGUUCUCAGAGGGAUGUAAACUAGCAAGAAAGUCUACUGUGACAGGCACUGAACCCAUUUCAAAACUGAAAAUUGGGCAAGAAGGUGAGUUUGGAGAUUUCAGUUCUAUGCCAAAUAUUCAAGAUAACUGCAAUGCUUUUCAAGACCCUGAUGACUUUGCAGACUUCAGUUCAGCUGGCCCUAGUGAAGUUAUAGAUUGGAAUGCUUUUGAAGAUGGACAGGAAGAUAGCUGCUCUUGGGCUACUUUUGGAGACCAGCAGACUACUGAAUCUCAUCAUCGGAAAGAAAGCUGGCAGUCACAUAGGACAGAUGAAAAGAUUGAUACCCCAGAGAGCCCCAAAAUGCACAGUGUUUCUAUAACAGCUUCCAGAGGAGCAUUUGCUGGUGGUCAUUUACAAGAAUCCACCCCUUCAGUUCAGACAUCUUUACUAAACCGCCUGGAGCGAAUUUUCGAAGCAUGUUUUCCUUCCGUAUUUGUCCCUGAUACUGAAGAAGAAGUUACUUCCCUGAAGCACUUGCUAGAAACAAACACCUUGCCAAUAAAAGCAAGAGAGGCCUUAGCUGAAAGUGGGGAGCUACUGGAUGUAUGGACUGAGCUACAGGAUAUCCACGAUGCAUAUGGCUUGAGAUAUCAGUGGGGAGGCUCUCACAGCAACAAGAAGCUCUUGUGCUCCUUGGGAAUAGACACCCGAAACAUACUCUUCACGGGUAAUAAGAAGCAGCCUGUUAUUGUGCCCAUGUAUGCAGCAGGACUGGGCAUGCUAGAACCCACCAAGGAACCAUUAAAACCAUUAUCUGCUGCAGAAAAAAUUGCUUCCAUUGGUCAGACAACCACCAUGUCACCAGAAAUGAACACAUGUACAUCUGACCAAUUCCAGGAGUCUCUACCACCCGUCCAGUUUGACUGGAGUAGCAGUGGCCUUACUAACCCUUUAGAUGCUAGUGGAGGUUCCACUCUUCUGAACCUUGAUUUCUUUGGGCCCGUGGAUGACAGUAGCUCUAGCAGCAGCACCACAAUCCCAGGUGUGGACCCAGAGUUGUAUGAGUUAACAACUUCUAAGCUGGAAAUCUCCACCUCAAGCCUCAAAGUGACUGAUGCAUUUGCACGACUCAUGUCCACAGUAGAGAAGACAAGUACAUCUACCAGGAAACCGAAAAGAGAGGAGCACCUGAGUGAAGAAGCCAUCAGGGUGAUCACUAGCCUUCCUGACUUAACAUUCAUGCAUGCCAAGGUGUUGAUGUUCCCAACCACAUUAACACCUUCCACAAGCUCCCAAGAGAAAGCAGACUGAUGACAACUGAUGUGAAAUGGACAGUUCCAAUUGCUUUUCCUUCCCUCCAUCAUUUUCCUAAUCAAAAGCAUACCUGCUCUAAUUAAAAAAAAAAAAAAAUUCAAGUUCAGCUGAUUUGUUGGUAAGCCGUACUAGAAAGUAUACAUAGUAAUGUAUAUUUAUUUACAUACUGAAGUCCUAAAUUUAUAUUAGAAAAAAUGUAAAUAAUCGGGGGUGAACAUUUUUGAAGAUUUAUUCUUUUUGUGUUGCUGGGGUGUAUACAUUUAUGUUUUUGUGAAAUACACUGGUGGUGUCCUUCUUACAAAACUUUUGAAAUAAAAAAAGAAAAUUAAAAACUCAGAUCUUCACUGUCUGAAAUCCCCUUCAGUCUUUUCAGAUUGCAUUGUAUGUGCUAUUAAUUUUUCAUAUCAUAUGUUUAGAUAUUUUUGCUAUCAUAAAUUAUAACUCCAAAAGUCUCAGUUUAAUUUCUUCUUAAUUUGACUGGUGGGUAUAUUUCAGACCUAGUUUUUAACUUUUUUGUGCUCUUUUUUAAUCUUUUCAAUCUGGCAUAUUACUAUUUGACCUUUUGCAAGGUACUUUAUUGAUUGUUCUUUUGGUAUAAGGUAUGAAUCAUUGUCAGAACUUGAUUGGAGGGGUUUAAAGAGAUUGUGUCUGUUUUCAAUCAGUUUGGUUUAGAGAAGGACCAAAUUACAGGAAUGUCUUACAAUGAAAUUUACUUGUUUCUGAUUUUUUUGUUGUUGUUGUUCUAUCAUACCACUAUUUUCUGAGGAUUUUGCACAGUGUAAAAUGACAUAAUCAUAGAUUGCUAUGGUUUAGGCUGUAUAUAUAGUAAAAAACUAUGGGUUUUAAAUGUUUGGGGAAAUUCCUAUGGAAAAAAGAGAGACAUGUAGAAGAGCCUCUAACAAGGUUAAUGUGCAUGCCCAUGGUCUUCUGAGAUUUCAGUGUGUAAAUUUCCUUUUAGCUUAUACAAAAAUAAAAUAAUUUCAAAUAAAUGUA